AAGUUUGCGGUUUACGAUUAUUUUCAUUUUUUAUUUUAAUUUAAUUAUUACACAAUUCGAAAGGAAGAUUAUCCGUUUUGUGAAAUAUUUGUGUUAAAUUUGCUUGCAUAUUUACGUUACAAAAAUAAAUCAUAGUCCACUUAACUAUUCUCCACACUUGAAUUACAUAAAUAAAAAUAGGGCAAAACAUCUGGUCUGGUGCAUUAAUAGAUCCAAGAAAAGAAAUAUCAAUAAUUAUGACGAGUAAUCGAAGCAAAUAUGAGAAAGCAAGGCGGCGGCUGGCUGCUGUAACCUUUUUGUCAAAUAUAUCGCUUGAUGGAACAUUCAAGGACACAGAAUUAGCUCAGAUUGCAGAAAAGUCUCUGAAGAUUGAUAAAACUGACGCAGUGCGUGAUGUACACAAUGAAAAAGAGGUAACUCUUAGAAAUGGCGUUCGCCCUCGAUCUAAGGGACCACAAGCAAGUCCUGUGCACCGUCUUGGGGCUGAUAACCAUUCUUUGAGUUCUGACUCUGAGCUCACAGCAACAGUCACUCCUGUAAAAAGUAGUGCUACUCAUGCAUUUAGAGAGAGAUGUUCAACAGGAAACACAGACUCAUUCAAAGAUAAACAUCCCGCUACUAAAACCAAGAAGGGUCAUCUUGUUUCACUUACUGGAGCCACAACAGAUGAUAGAAGUAGCUCAGAAAGCCUGAACUUUGGUAAAGGCCGAUUCCGCUCCAGCAACACUUGUAUACCAGAAAAUCAUUUAGUAAAUAAGGAGGUGAGACUAGUUCGUGCCACAAGAGGUGUAUCAUUCAAAGAUGAAAGACUUGCCUUUGCCCCAUCUCAAGGUGUGCCAUGUGUGGUGUUCAGUACUAUUCCAUAUUCAAAAACUAUCCGUAGUGUACGUACUGAUCUUAGAAAAGAUGGUGUGAGAAGGCGUAAUACAUCUGGACCUAGACCACUAUCAUCAAUCACUGACAAUGGGGUAGAUCCCUUCGAUCUUCUUGGCUUAGAAAAAGAAGAAAAUGGCCAAGAUAUUUCAUACUCUAAAUUGUUGGUGCCAUCACGAGUAUGCACAAGAGAACAAUAUAAAAAAAUGUAUGAAGGUGAUUUCACUGAUAAAGCCAGUUGGAAAAUUUUAAAUCGUCAUCCCCAUGUUAUAGCCAGGACAAAAUUAUUGACGAGACACAAGGAUAAAAAAUGGUGCUUUUCUUACGAAUCAUCUCAGAGGACUACGAUGGCGUCUUCGCCACCGCACUCUACCGUUGAAAUGAAAACCUUUGACUGGGAUGAGGGAUCUCUGCUGUCGCAGAAAUUUGUACACUACUGCCCAAAUGUCUUAGAUGACCCAGAGCUCAUAGCAGGGAAACAUCGGACGCUCCUGACCUUUACGUCCUACAUGACUUCGAUUAUCGAUUACGUGCGUCCGCAAGACCUGAAGAAAGAGUUAAAUGACAAGUUCAGGGAGAAGUUUCCCCACAUUAAAUUGACGCUUAGCAAACUGAGAAGUAUCAAAAAAGAAAUGCGAAAAAUUGCCAAACACGACAAUGGUGGGAUUGACUUGCUAUCUGUCGCUCAAGCUUAUGUUUACUUUGAGAAACUCAUUCUGGCGAAUCUAAUCAACAAGGACAACCGCAAAUUAUGCGCCGGAGCGUGUUUGUUGCUGUCGGCUAAAUUGAAUGACGUCAAGGGUGAAAUGUUGAAAGCACUUAUUGAGCGCAUCGAAACAACGUUCAGAGUGAACAGAAAAGACUUGAUGAGAUUCGAGUUCGCUGUUCUCGUGGCGCUGGAGUUCGGCCUGCACGUGCCUCCUUACGAGGUGUUCCCCCACUACCAGCGGCUGCUACACGACUCGUGACCCUGGCGCCGGCUGGCCUUCGAGCCAUGCGCGCGCGUGUGCCACCGCCGCCGCGCCAGCAUCGUCGACAACCUCCGGGCGAGCGCUUGGAUGUAAACCCAAUUGAUAAAACGGUCAGUGAGGAUGCUGACAUUAAAAUAAAUGCUCAUAUUAGCCAACAGUGACUAUUGAAUGCUGACACUAAAUGCUCAUUAGCCAACAGUGACCAUUGAUUGAUUGAUGUGCCAUCGCUUCGCGAUGCACCAGUAUCUUUCGAUAAUCAAAAUAAAAUUAAACGAUUCCAUUCGACCAAUGGAUGCUGAUGCUGAUAAUAAUCUGCGAGUUGCGUAACAUGUGAAUGUAGCCCCACGUUGUGCAUGCGCACCAUCUUUGACAACCUCGGCGGGGCGAGUGCUUGGAUGUAAACUCGAACUGCUAGCGGGGACGCUGACAUUAGUUAGUCGACUACUGGAUGCUGAUAUUAAACUAAAUUGUGCUCUUUUGCCGACGGUGAUUUUUGAGCUAUGUGCGCACAGAAAUGUGCCACCGUGAUUCGCCAGCUUCUUUCAAACAAAAUACUGUCAGCGAAAUUACUGCUCAUUUGCCAACGGUGACCAUUGAAUGCUGACAUUAGACUGAAUGCUUUUCGAAUUGCGCCAUAGACAACUUCAGAGUGAGUCCUUUAAACUGUGUGCGGUCACUUGACUAUUGAAUGCUAAAUGGUAAAUUAGACUAAAAUACACAUUUACAUGAAAAAAUUGAGCGGUGGCUGAAACUGCUUGACAGAAUAGAAAUAAAACUCUGCAUGAGCUCCAUCUACCAUUGAAUGCUGAAAUAAGAGCAACGUUUACUAUACAUAUUCAGUGUAUUGACCCUGACAAUUAGCUGGGUGAGUUCUAUAACUUUAUUAUAAUAUACAUGAAUAAUAAAAAUAUAACUUUAGUAUAACUGCAGUUUAGUUUUUAAUUUGAGUGACCGAAGUCGGCGAUUCCCGAUAGCCAUAAUUUAAUUCGACUAUUUCUGAUAUGGCCUAAGAAUCAUAAUAUGUCAGUUUACUCAAAUUAAAAACAAGAUAAUUAUAAUUGCGUAGGUAUACUGUAAACAUGUAAUUUACUGUCGAAUAAAAGAAAGCAAACCGCCCCAUAUAAUCUACACAGGCUGGGCGUAGAAGUGACGUCCAAAGCAAAAUUCUAGAUUCCUUAUGACAGGGGAUGUCUGAGUCAUCCGGAUCUAAGAUUGUUUGUAUGUAUUUUCCUGAUAUUUGGAAUCAUUAUUUUAUGCCUUUGACGUAAUUUUUCCGGUCACCUAAAUGUAAUUUAAUGUAAUGAUGUAUUUUAUAACGAAGUAGUUAACGUAGAUGAGUUGUAAGUAUUCAAAGUAAAAUUAAUAUUUUAAUAGAAGACUUGUUUCAACUGUGGGAUGCGAACUGUUUAGCACAAGUAACUUAAACAACGAUUAUGAAUUAUCGUUGCUGGGAUUAUUAUUAGAAGUAAACGUGUUGAAAGUUUAACAAAGUGAAUGUUGUAUGUAGCUUAAAAUGUGAUUAAUUGAUUAAUACGCUUGUAAACAUAGCUUUAGCUCCCUAUAAUGUUCCUAAUGCCCGUUUUCACCAUCAAUCCCUAAUUUUAAAGCGACCCCUAUGAAAACAAAAUUCCUGUUUUAAGUUACCAUAGGGGUCACUUAAAAAUUAGGAAUUGAUGGUGAAAAUUGACAUAAGUGUCCUAAAUUAGGUUAGGAACAUAAUUAUUUGUAGUUAUAUCCUCUUGCCUAUUGCUCUAAUUGACUUCGUUUUACCCGUGGCCCCACUACAUUAUAUCCCACUGGUGGAUUUACUGUUAUUUAUUUUGAGACGGACCACAUUAUUUAUUCUAAUACAGUGAAAAAUUAAUAAACGUAGAGAGCUUGGGACCACGGGUAAAACCGGUGAUUGCCAUCUCUUCAAAACUUAUACCGCCUCAUAAGUGCCCAAUUACAAACUUCUCGAUAUUAGCUUGUGCCCUUUUACCUCUUAAAACCUUGAACAUUCUUGAUAGAUACUAGUACCUAUUACUAGUGUAGCAAAUAGCUCUUACUAUGAUACUUAUUUCCUUAUGGGAUUUCUGCCUAUAUCUAAGUAUUUUAUAAUCGCCUGUAAUAUUCAGUUCAACAUUGUUAACCGUUUUACACAACUGUUGUAUGCAUAUCCAUUGCAUAUUCGAUACGCCUCAAUGCCCGCCUUACUGCUUACGCAUGUAACAUUACAUUUUAAUGAACCGAAUCACUUCAGGCAACUGAAACGUUUUUUAGAGACCAAUAACCUCUUAUCAGACCAACAAUUCGGCUUUCGACAUGGCAAAUCGACCGGUGACGCGGUGCUUGAAUUAACAAAUUCUAUAAUAAAGGAACUAGACAAAAAAGGUAAAUGCCUAACAAUAUUCCUUGACCUUGCGAAGGCCUUUGACACGGUCUCCGUCCCCAACUUACUAAAAAAGAUGGAACGGAUUGGGGUCAGAGGUUUGCCGCUGAAGCUACUGGAGGACUACCUUAGUGAUAGGAAGCAACAGGUUAAAAUAAAUAACUGGUUGAGCCAAGUAACCAAUGUCAACUUCGGCGUACCCCAGGGCAGCGUCCUCUCACCAACUCUCUUCCUGAUCUACAUCAAUGAUCUGACAAACCUUCGAAUCACUGGUGGCAGGAUCUACUCGUUUGCUGAUGAUACUGCUCUGUUGUUCAGCGGACGUGACUGGAAGGAGGUGUUCGGUCUCGCCCAGGAGGGAUUCAAUACGGUUAAUAAUUGGCUGCGUUAUAAUGCUUUGACACUCAAUGUAGACAAAACAAAAUACAUACCUUUUGCUCUCAAAGCUAACUACCUUCCACCAUCAACACUGGAUAUUAUUUCUCAUUCCUGCGGGGCGGGCUCGCGCACCUGUUCAUGUCCGAUGAUCCAAGCCACAGAUAACAUAAAAUACCUCGGUAUAAUUCUCGAUCACUCGCUAAGUUUCAAACAACACAUCAAAGCUCUCGUGCCUAGAUUACGAAAACUAAUAUUUAUCUUUAAGAAACUGAGACAUGUUGCACACCGCCAGGUCAUCGGGAUGGUUUUCCACGCACUAUGCCAAUCGCUUGUACAGUAUUGUAUUGUCUGCUGGGGAGGUGCAGCAAAAACCCAUUUAAUAGAGGUGGAAAGGGCGCAACGAGCCAUUCUGAAAGUUGCCGCUGGCCUACCCUUCCGCUACCCUACUGCAGACCUCUAUAAGGACUGGGGUGUUCUGACUGUACGACAGUCUUUCAUCCUACAAACAGUCCUAAAAAUGCACUCCACUCUACAAUACCAACCUGAUUCCCUGAAGGAUAAGCGUAGAAUCGGAAAGGUUUGCACACCCCUUCGCUGCCACACCAGUCGCUCCCUUCAUCUAUUUCAUUUCCUUGGUCCAUACCUAUAUAAUAAACUCAACACCAAAUUAAAUAUAUACCCACUAUUGAGAUUCCACUGCAAGCAAUUAGUCACAGCUUUUUUAAAAACCUUAGAAUACGAAGAUACUGAAGGGUUACUAACUGUUGCAAAUAUCUAGCAU